AUGAGUCGUUCCAGCGGAAGCACGAUUGUGGAAGACAGCCAGAGUCACCUCGAUGGCCCAGAGCAUCCACCAGGGACUGUCGAGCUGCUGCUGUCCAAGCGCAAGAGCGAGAAGGAGGGCGAACUGACUCUGGUCCCCACGCCCACUGAUGAUCCUCGCGAUCCCCUGGCGUGGCCAAUGUGGCGCAAAUGCCUCAACUUUGGGCUCCUCUCCACCACCACCAUGGCCCUGUUCACCGGCCUGUCUAUCCAGCACAUAUUCUGGGCUCCCAUGAGAAAGGACUUGAACGUCACCUACGACGACCUUAUGCGUGCCAGGGCUGCCCAGCUCGGCUCCGAGGCCAUCGCAUGCGUCAUCUUCAUCCCAUUUGCCAAAAAGUACGGCCGACGCCCCGUCUACAUCGUCUCCACGAUCACCUUCACCGCGGCCAGCUGGUGGUCGGCGUACAUGAAGACGGUUCCCGAGAUUUUCCUGAGCAACAUACUCAAGGGCAUCGCCGCCGCCGUCAACGAGACGGCGGUUCAGAUGAGCGUCCGCGACAUGUUCUUCGUCAAUCAGAGGGGCAGUGCCAAUGCCGUUUAUCUUGCUGCUCUGAAGUUCGGCACCGCGCUCAGCCCCAUCGCAGCCGGGGCCCAGGCGGCGAAAACGGGAUGGCGGUCCUCCUACAUCACCCUCUCCGCCAUCAUGACAGUCGUGACCCUGCUUUUCGCAGCAACGUUUGAGGAGACCAAGUUUAUCCCUCGAGCCCAGGCCGGCGUGGGCGAAAAGAGCAGGCCCAGUGACGACGGGCUCCAUACCGGGGACGGGGCGGCUCGUGUCGGGACUGGAGGACAGAAGGCCGCUCCGUCUUCAAAAAAAUCCCUCUGGAGGACCAUGUAUAACCCGAUCCACGUGUGGUGGAUGCCUCAUAUCCUCGCUGCUUCCUGGAUAUACGGAUCGAGCCUCGCCUUGGUCAUCAUCUUGAGCUCCAUGAAGUCCAUCGUCUUCCCCGCACCACCGUAUAACUUUAACCCUGGCCAGCUAGGGCUCUUGCAACUCGCGCCCUUUAUCGGAUCCUGUCUCGGCAUCUUCUACGGCGGAUACCUCGUUGAUCGGGUCAUCGUGUACUUGGCGAAACGGAACCGAGGUCUGUUCGAGCCGGAAAUGCGCUUGUACCUGAUGCCUCUGCCGGCCGUGAUCAUGGCGGGCGGCCUGGCUGUGUUUGGAAUCACGGCGAGUCGCGGUAUGCACUGGAUUUACCCGUGCAUUGGAAGCGCCAUGACCUCGUUCGGAUUUGGAGCCCUCGGCGACAUGGUGUUGACGUGCGUUAUUGACGCCUAUCCAAACAUUGUCUCUCUCGCGUUUGUUGCCAUUGCCUUUUUCCGCAACACUCUGAGCAUGAUUGGCACAUUUGGCCUCGGCCCGUGGCGCGAGAGCAUGAGCGUCGAGAAUAUGUUCAUCAUCAUGGCGGUCGUGAGCCUUGUCAUUAACCUCUCUGCUUUGCCCCUUGUCAUUUGGGGCAAGAAGGCAAGAAUCGCCACCGCUGCUCGAUAUUAUCGCCUGGCAACCAAAUGA